AUGACUUUAAAGAAAAGAACUCUGUUUUUUUCAAUAUUUACUUUUAUUUCAUUAUUCAUAGUGCUAUGGAAGCAGUUCAACACUACCAAAUUAAGUUUAGUCAAUAACACAAGCGACAAUAGAGUCAAGGCAUGCUAUGUUGUUCUCGUAAGGAAUAGUGAAUUGGAUGGAAUCAUACCUACUAUGAGACAGAUUGAGGAUACGUUCAAUAAGAAAUACAAUUAUCCCUAUGUAUUCCUUAAUAAUGAACCAUUCACACCAGAGUUUAUGGACAAGGUGAGAUCAUCAACAAACUCGGACGUUUUGUUUGGUGAAAUAGACCAAAGCAUGUGGGGAUACCCAGAUCACAUCAAUCAAACCUACGCUGCUGAACGUAGAAAGGAGAUGGAAAUGCAAGGCGUACCUUAUGGAUCUAGUGAAUCUUAUCGACACAUGUGCAGGUUCCAAAGUGGAUUUUUCUUUAGACAUCCGUUAUUAGAUCAAUUUAAUUAUUAUUGGAGGUUAGAACCGUAUGUCGAUUAUUACUGCCAAAUAAAUUAUGACGUAUUUCGAUUUAUGAAGGAAAAUAGGAAAAAAUAUGGCAAAGAUAAUAUAGGAUUUAAUAUGGCACUUAAAGAACAUGUUGAAACUAUUCCUACACUAUGGGAUACUGUCCUAAACUUUACAAAAUCCACCUACCCACAUUUACUAGAUCGUAAUGACUCUCUUCUACGUUUCAUCACUAACGAUGGCGGUCUCACCUAUAACACCUGUCAUGCCUGGUCAAACUUUGAGAUUGGCGAUCUGUCCUUGUGGAGAUCAAAGGAAUAUUUAGCCUUAUUUGAUCAUUUGGAUCAAUCAGGCGGGUUUUUCUAUGAGAGAUGGGGUGAUGCUCCUGUACACACCAUCGCUGCUGUACUACUACUCAAAAAACAUGAGAUCCAUUUCUUUAAUGACAUAGGCUACAGACAUUCAGAUUACACACAUUGCCCAGUUCAGCAAGUGUAUCGUACCAUGUGUAGCUGUGAUCCAGAUAUUAGCUUUGGUAGGACAGAAAAAAAGCAAAGAAAAAAAAACUGA